CGAAAAGGGAGAAAGAAGCAAAUUAAAAUGGGUUCCUUAGAAAACAAAGUUACACCCACACUUAGUGUUAGUGAAGAUGAUAAGGCAUGCCUUCAGGCUAUCCUAGUCUCCAGUGCCCAAAUAUUUUCUUGUGUCCUAAAUGCAGCCAUUGAGCUUGACCUGUUUGGGAUUAUUGCUAGAGCAGGCCCUGCUGCUUGUAUCACAACUUCUGAAAUUGCUUCUCAGCUUCCAACAAAGGACUCUGAUUCUGAUACACCUUCUAGGUUGGAUCGCAUGUUGCGAGUCCUUGUUAGUCACUCCCUUUUGACAUGCUCUAUCCACACACUUGAAGAUGGUAGGGUUGAGAGACUUUAUGGACUCACACCAACCUCUUACUUCUUUGUUGAAAAAGAUGAUGGCAGUUCCCUGGCUACUCUUUCAGCUUUCAAUUCUCACCGUGUCUUUUGGGAGGCCAGCCUACGUAUGAAGCAUGCCAUUCUUGAAGGUGGUAAUCAAUUUCAAAGAGUGCAUGGAAUGCCCUUAUUCCAAUAUAUGGACAAGGAUCCAGCUUUCAACAUAGUGUUCAACAAGAGCAUGGCUGAUCUUUCCACAAUAGCCCUGUCGAAAAUUCUUGAGGUAUACCAAGGCUUUGUGGGGCUAACGUCAUUGGUUGAUGUUGGUGGCGGAACUGGGAGAUGCCUAAGUAUGGUCAUUUCCAAGUACCCUUCCAUUAAAGGCAUUAACUUUGAUUUGCCUCAUGUGAUACAAAGCUCACCAUCUUAUCCUGGUAUUGAGCACGUGGGAGGAGAUAUGUUUCACAAUGUCCCUAAAGGGGAUGCAAUUGUAAUGAAGAAUAUACUCCAUGACUGGAAUGAUGAAAACUGCAAGAAACUUUUGAGGACCUGCUAUAAAGCACUACCAGAUAAUGGGAAGGUAGUUAUUAUUGAACUACUCAUGCCAGAAGCUACAGUGUCAAGUAUGGCUUCUCAAUAUAUCUCUCGUCUUGACAUUAGCAUGUUGUUGAACCUUGAAGGCCAGGAGAGAACUGAGAAAGAAUUUGAGGCUUUGUGCAAGGAAUCCGGAUUUUCAAACUUUCAAGUUGUUUUUUGUGCCUAUACUCUUUGGGCAGUCAUGGAGUUCCAUAAAUAAUUUUACCCUCUGUAGCUUUCCUGCACUUAUUAUGCUUUGUAUUUUAUCUCUACGAACUCCAUCUCAUAUAAUAGUUGGUACUUGGUGAAUUUCAAAAAUAAAUACAUAUUGAUGGCUAUACAUUCCAUAGUUUUG